UGCACCCGACAGAGUUUCGCACGCUGCACGCUGUAGGUCUGAAAAAUAGCUUCUUCUGAAACACCAAGUUAAGAUACGAGAGAUAAGAGAAGGGAAAAUUUGUUUGAACGGGGCCUAACUCUGUAUGCAAAAAAUGAAAUUGUUUGUGAGCGAAGGUAAUCCGCACUGUUUGAAAGCGUUGGCUGUACUAGAACUUACUGGAGUGAAAUGCGACGUUCAACAUGUCAACCAUGAAGAGAAAGUGGUGCCAUUCCUCAGUCGUCCAACUCUGCCUGUUCUGCAUCUUCCAAGUGGUCAGUACCUGUUCAGCAGCAAUGCCAUCUGCCAAUACCUUUUUGAUGUCAGCAAAAAAGGGUCCAGCAAACAGAGUCAUCAGUGGCUGGAAUGGGAGGCAACAGAACUUCAGCCCGCACUGAUGUACGCCCUCCACUUGGUGGUGGUGCAAGGGAAGACCGCAGAUUCAGCCAAAGGACUCGAAGCUCCACUUAGUUUCCUGGAGCAAAGCUUGAGCAAAAGGACGACGGCAUUCUUGACAGCAGAGACUGUGGGAGUUGCAGACAUUGUCCUCUGGGCCGCGCUUUAUCCUGCUUUCCUUGAGAACGGUUUGAAGACAAGUGAGCUGAAGUCUACACGAACCUGGUUUGAGCGGGUGGGGGUCCUGCCAGCCUGCCAGGCCUCGGUCCAGACCGUGUUGAAGGGGAAGGGUGUAGAGGCCCUGAAGGGCUACCUGCAGAAGCAGCCUGCUCCACAUGGCCAACACACCCAGCCCAGGAACACACACACAAGCAGCAAUGGAAGCCCCACAGAGACAGAGGACUCAGACCAUAACACGACAGAAGAAGAGAUUGAGGCGGCGGCUCAGAUCUGGAAUCAGCAGAUUGAUUGUCAGAGCAAGCCUGAGAGGAAGCAUCCCAUCCUCCCUGAAGAGGGGAAGCGUAAUGUCCUGAUCACCAGCGCUCUGCCUUAUGUCAACAAUGUGCCUCAUCUGGGGAACAUCAUCGGCUGUGUGCUCAGCGCUGACGUCUUCGCUAGGUAUGGCCGCCAGCGGGGCUGGAAUCUGCUGUACAUCUGUGGGACCGAUGAGUACGGGACGGCCACCGAGAACAAGGCGCGGGAGGAAGGGCUGACCCCUCAGGAGAUCUGUGACAAGUACCACGCCAUCCACACCGAUAUCUACAAGUGGUUCCAGAUCGACUUUGACUUCUUCGGCCGAACUACCACCCAAAAACAGACGGAGAUCGCUCAGAACAUCUUCUGGCGUCUCCACGAACGUGGUUUCCUCAUCGAGGACAUCGUGGAGCAGCUGCGCUGUGAGAGCUGCCAGCGUUUCCUUGCCGACCGCUUCGUGGAGGGCGUGUGUCCCUUCUGCCAAUACCCAGAGGCCCGUGGCGAUCAGUGUGACAAGUGUGGGCGCCUCAUCAAUGCUGUGGAGCUGAAGGAGCCCCAGUGCAAAGUCUGCAAACAAACACCAGUCAUCCGUUCUUCUAAACAUUUGUUCCUGGACCUGCCAAAGUUGGAAGCUAAUCUGGAGCAGUGGCUGGACCGGUCGGUGAGCACAGGGGACUGGACGACCAACGCUCGCAACAUCACCCGCUCAUGGCUGCGCGACGGCCUGAAGCCACGCUGCAUCACCAGGGACCUGCGCUGGGGCACCCCAGUACCACAUCCUGACUUCUCAGGCAAGGUGUUCUAUGUGUGGUUUGAUGCUCCAAUUGGUUACUUGUCAAUUACUGCAAACUACACAGACCAGUGGGAGAAAUGGUGGAAGAAUCCAGAACAGGUGGAGCUGUACAACUUCAUGGCAAAGGACAACGUGCCAUUCCACAGUGUGGUGUUCCCCUGUUCCUUACUGGGUGCUCAGGACAACUACACACUAGUUAACAACCUCGUCGCUACAGAGUAUCUGAACUACGAGGAUACUAAAUUCUCCAAGAGUCGAGGUGUGGGGGUGUUUGGAGACAUGGCAAAGGACACAGGCAUCCCGUCUGACGUGUGGCGCUUCUACCUGCUCUACCUGCGGCCCGAGGGUCAAGACGCGGCCUUCUCCUGGGCAGACAUGGCCCUCAAAAACAACUCGGAACUGCUCAACAACCUGGGCAACUUCAUUAACAGAGCUGGCAUGUUUGUCGGUAAGUUCUUUGAGGGCUGCGUGCCUCAGGUGGUCCUGCAGGAGGAGGACAAGCGCCUGUUGGCUCAGGUGGGCUGGGAGCUCAAGCAGUACAUCCAAUCGCUGGACAAAGUCAGGAUCCGUGAUGCCCUGAAGUGCAUCCUGAACAUCUCUCGCCAUGGAAACCAGUAUAUCCAAGUGAAUGAGCCCUGGAAGAAAAUCAAAGGAGGUGAUGCAGACAGGCAGCGUGCGGGCACCGUGACAGCCGUGUCCGUAAACAUGUCUGUCCUCUUGUCUGCCAUGCUGGAGCCCUACAUGCCCACGGUCAGCGAGACUAUCCGGUCCCAGCUGCAGGCACCACCAGCCAGUGCCCAUUUCAUGCUGCAGGGGGAGGGCAACUUUGUCUGCUCGCUGCCAGCUGGGCACCGCAUCGGCACGGUUAGCCCGUUGUUCCAGAAGCUUGAGGCUGAGCAAAUUGAGACUUUGAAGAAAAAAUUUGGAGGACAGCAGCCAGAGGAGGAAGCAUCUAAGAAGCAGCCACAGACCAUCACCCAGAACAAUGCCGCCACCAAAGCCAGCGCCCCUGUGGCUGCAUCAGAGACGUCCGUCAAGGCCGACCCUGAGCUCGUCAAGCAACUGGUGGCCGCUAUAGCCGAGCAGGGCGACAAAGUCCGGGCUCUAAAGGGCCAGAAGGCGGAGAAGGCUGUGAUCGGAGCAGAGGUGGCCAAACUGCUGGAGUUUAAAAAACAGCUGGCCUUGGCCGAAGGGAAAAGCCCAGAACCUGCCCCGCAGAAGGGAAAGAAGAAGUGAGACCUUAACGAGAGGUGAUUGAUGGAGAAGAGUAAUCUUACCGAUUAGAAAUGAGUGGGGGAAAAUGAUGAGGCUCGUACAGUUUUGGGAUCACAAUGAGAAAGAAAAGACAAGGCUGCAUUCUGUAGAAGCCUACACUGGCUUUAAAGGCAAGGACUGGAGAAAGACCCUCCAUUCAAAUGGAGAAGACAAACACCAUCAAAGCCGCAGGAAUUCUCUUGAGUGUUUUUCUGAGGCAACGGAUGUUGGCAAUGAAAGGGAAUUGUUUCAUAGGAACAUCAAUUCUUUAAUAAGCCCUUUCAAGUCUGUGUGAGUUGCGAUGGUUUAUGCAAGGUCUGGGCUUGGCUGUUUAUUGAAAGAAACGGAUGUAUGUUUUUUGCCAUGGAAUACAUUUUUAAAAUUCAGUACAUACUUCAGGGAUUGUAAUACCGAUUGUAAGGCCGUAUUCAAAAUCUGUCUUUUGGUGAUCAUAGUGGUGAACUCAUAUACCAUAUGUUUGUCAUGCAGCCAAAUUAUGCAAUUUCCACAAUAAAAAUCCACAAUAAAUGUUUUAAUACAAAA